GGCAACACUUCUACACAUAUCCGAAUGAGAUAUACAAAUCGGUUAAAUCAUAACAAUGUAAGAUUGCGAAAGUAAACCUUACGCAGCUUUGAAAAGGUUUACGUCAUCCUUUUCUGAGAAAUACCCCAAAAUACCGGUCCAUGCUUUUGCCAUAGGGCGGGUUUUUCUUCGGUCGGCUUUAGGACCCAGCAGUGCAGCCAGUCAGGUAGGCACAGCUCGUGGACUAGAGAGGCAGACAAAGGCAGAGAGAGCUCGUGCCGCUAUCCUGCAGCAUCCACACCCACCCACUUCACUCAACACGCUCCAGCACUGACUCCCUGCGGCUUACCAGCACCCAUCUACCACGGAACCCCCGCGGACCUCUGUUGCCAUGGAGCUUGACUUUGGACAUUUCGACGAGCGAGACAAGCCCCGUACCCCGCGGGGCGGGCGUAUGAACGGCCUGCCGAGCCCCACCCACAGCGCCCACUGCAGCUUCUACCGGACCCGCACCCUGCAGGCCCUCACCAACGAGAAGAAGGCCAAGAAGGUGCGCUUCUACCGCAACGGGGACCGCUACUUCAAAGGCAUCGUGUACGCCGUGGCCGUCGACCGCUUCCGCACGUUCGACGCCCUCCUGGCGGACCUGACACGCUCCCUCUCCGACCACAUCAACCUGCCCCAGGGAGUCCGCUUCAUCUUCAGCAUCGACGGGAUGCGCAAGAUCACCACCAUGGACGAGCUGGAGGAAGGGGAAAGCUACGUCUGUGCAUCUGAGAAUUUCUACAAGAAGGUUGACUACACCAAGAAUGUCAACCCCAACUGGUCCGUGAACGUGAAGGCUUCUGCCAGUCAGAAGAACCUCCAGAGCCUGGCCAGUAAGCAGGCCAGCGAAGCCCGGGAGGGGAAGGAGUUUGUUCGGCCCAAGCUGGUGACGGUGAUGCGGAGUGGCGUGAAGCCCAGGAAGGCCGUCCGUGUCCUUCUCAACAAGAAGACCGCACACUCCUUCGAACAGGUGCUCACUGACAUCACAGAGGCCAUAAAACUUGAGAGCGGCGUGGUCAAGAAGAUCUACACGCUGGACGGAAAGCAGGUCACCUGUCUUCAGGAUUUCUUCGGUGACGAUGAUGUCUUCAUUGCCUGCGGCCCAGAAAAGUUCCGCUACGCCCAGGAUGACUUCUCCCUUGAUGAGAAUGCCCACUACCCUUCUGGAACCAAACCCAAAUCAGCCCAGGGGGUCUAUAAUAACCAAGAAGGGUGCAGGAUGAUGAAGAAGAAAGGCUCCAAGAGUCCCGGUCCGAUCCGGCGCAGCAAGUCUCCCGCUGAAUCGACCAAUGGGACAGGCUCCAGCAGCCAACUCUCAACACCCAUAUCCAAGCAAUCUCCCACCUCCACCCCCAACAGCCCAGGCAUCCACCGCAAGCAGAAGGAUCUCUACCUGCCUCUAUCUCUGGAUGAUGACGACUCUCUUGGGGAGUCUAUGUAGAGCCUCUCGUCUGUCAGCAGAGUGCCUGCCUGCCUGCCUGUCUGCCCCUGGCCUGCCUCUCCCAGGUAUCUCUGGUGCUCUCCACCUUCACUAACGGCCAUUGAGUGUCCGGGAGGUUCAUUCCAUCUCUCCCCGGUGCCACGCGCUAAGUCUACCUGACUUUGGCCACCAUGGCUGUUCCACCUUUUGCUGCUUGAGAAUUCACCACUAGAUGUCCUUUAUUAUAUCCUGUGUUGUUAAGAAUGUAUAUGCUGGGCGUAUACAACAACGACUUAUGAAUCACCACCUCUUACAAAUUUCGCCAAAUCAUUUUGUGUUACAGUUGACUAAUGAUUCAAUGUUUGUCGUCGGGCUCUCCUAAGAGAGAGCUUUAUUUCGCUACUAACAAGCAAUUUCUAAGUGGCAGUUCUCACAAUGUAAGAAAAAAAGUUUCUUUCUUGGCCUGACUUGAAAACCAAUGUUCGGAUAUAGGGCAGCAAACUUUACAUUUGAAAGAUUUUCAUAAAUAAAGUGCACAAUUCCAAGCAGCAAAUUGACUUUCUCCAGGGGUGUUGAAGUCAGACCUGAGUUCAAGUUGUGCUGAUAAUGUCCCUCUGUGUCCAUCUCUUUUAUGUGCUAUGGUUCAAGGUGUUAAAAGUAAUGAGAACAUGUUUAGGGGAAAGAAGGCUGUUCGACAUGAGAGGUGAAUGUCCUUUUCAUCUGCUGUAAAUAUUGUGUAUAGCCAUCGCAACAUCCCAGCUAAUGCCUGACAUUCAUAACUAUGCUUCUGUAAAACGUCAUACAACGUCUGCCAAACGUUGAAUCAACGUAACAUGUUUUCUGUCUUUCAUCUUCUAUGAGGUCUUUAAAAACUGCCACAGCACAAUGAAACCAAGCAGCUCUGAAACAGUAUGAAUACUGAGUUUGGGUUAGGGGAAGUCCUAUUAGUACAAACCAACCAAAGCCAGAAAAUUAGGCCUUUUUUGAAACAAGCAAGCACAUCUUUUUUAUUAAAUAAGGUUUUAGGAUUCUUAAGUCUAUUUUAGUGAUGGUUUAUUUAUAUUAUGUUUUAAGCUGAUUCCAGGAAGGAGACUUCAAUAUAAAUUGGAUAAAGCCAGGUGUUCAGGUGUUGGGGCAUGUUUUGAAUGAUUAUUAUACUAUGACAAUAAAAAUGUCAAAGCCAAAGUAGCCUAUUUAUUGGAUUAAUCAGAGUGGAAAUCUGAAAUGUAGAUCAUCUGUAGUUCUCCCAGUGGGUUGAUGUUACUUAUACUGUCUUUUUGUUACUGAGACCUCCCAUUAGGCCAAUCCGACCAGACCAUAUCCAUUUAGGGAAAUACAUUUUAACCAGCACAGAAAACAAUAGGCUAAGUAGAGCUAUUCACAUUUUGCAUGGCUAAAUCUUGUUUCUUAAUACUUAAUGAUUUAAUACAAAGUUAGGAUAGGAGGAAAUUGCAUUUUGGGAUUUGUUCCAAAAAAAGUAUCAUUUUAUUAAAAUGAUCAAGUCAAAAGUUAUAUAUAUAUAUAUGUAAAGAAAAAAACAUGGAUAAACUUCCUUUUCCUGAAGAAUAACACAAGUUAUGGUUAUAUAGUAACAUCUUGUUCCUGGAGAGGAGUCUGAGGAGAUCUGGUAGAUCUAGAAGGUGAAUUAUUGCAGGCACAGGGACAUUUUUCUGUGGCAGUUGUCCCAAAGAAAAGUAUGGCAUAUUUGAGCAGGUACAUAUAUAUAUAAAAGGUGAUCCAGUGGGCCUAUCUCUGACAUCUUGGGCAUUAGCUAAUGGGGAUUUGUGUGCAAAACAAAAUCCUCUCACUGGAUCUGCCUGACUCGGCAAAAAAGCACCCCCGCAACAACACGCUCCUUCUGCGAAGAGUGAUGUCACAGUGAUGUCAGCACAACAUCUAAUCCAACUGCAAAUACACCUUUUAGGAAUACACAGUUUGUAAAAAAUAAAAUAAAAAUAAAAAAAGGAAACAAAAAAGUAAAAAAGAAUAAAACUUUCGGAGUCCGUUUUUCUUUUCUGGAAAUUUCAGUUCACUACCUUAUCUCACCACGUGUUCAAUAUAUUGUGUCUUUGGCCCUGAUUUUUUACAGCUUAACAUUAACAGUGUACGUCGGUUGUUUAGUGUGAAGCUGUCGCCACCAUGUCAGACAGGAGGUGUGGACCAAGCUCGCACCUCCAAUGGUGCCUUUUUUUAGAUUGUUGUCUUUUGAUAAAAAAAAAUUAAUGGAAACAGGAAAACUAAGACUUGUCUUCCUUGUUAACAAACUGUUUGUAAAGCAUUUUUAAAUGUCUUGAAUCGUAGAGCUGCCGUCAGCGCAGUGAGAGCUCUCAACAUUGUUUUGUAGAAUGCCAGGAUAACUUUGUCAUGGUGCAAAUGUACUCUUUCUGUUCUCUUUGAAUGCAUUUCUGAUGGAAUGACCUGGGUUACUGGGAAAUGUACAAUGUCUUCUUUAUUGGUGUUUUUGCAAUGUCACAGUGGCUUGUUUCAGUGCUUAAUUCUAUGUAUUAACCGAUUCCCUUUUGCAAUUAAAAGAGUUGUAUUUCA